AUGCCGUUCGAUACAGGACAAGGCCAUCUUUUCGACUUCAACCAUGUCGACUUCGAUUUCAAUAUACAAUUCGAACAACUGUUCCUCUCGUUAUUGCCUUCUGUUCUAUUCAUCGUUGCAUCAUCAUGGCGAGCCCUUUCUCAGCUCCGGAAGCCUACACUAGUAGAGACAUCACUCUUCCAAUGGAUCAAAUUGGGCGCCAUUGGCGUAUAUCUAUGUCUUGAGCUUGCACUCCUCGUAUUAGCAGCCUCUUCUGGCUUCCAAGCUUCCAGCGUCUUCCUGGCGUCGUCGGUCCUCAAGGUCGUCUCGGGUUUGGCAAUGAUCGCGCUCAGUCUUGCCGACCAUAACAAGAGCCCCAGACCAUCCAUUCUACUCGCCAUCUAUCUAUCAUUGACCCUUUUGCCCGAUGCAACUCAAGCAAGGACCUUAUUUCUAUCCUCAGACAACAAGUCUGAGAUCACAUACAGCAGCAUUUUCUGCACGGCUCUAGCUUCGAAGAUUCUGAUACUCUUCCUUGAAGCCAAGAAAAAGACUGACUGGCUAGACUGGGAUAGGAAAUUUCAUAGCCCUGAAGAAGUUAGCAGUAUUUUCUCUCUUGGAGUCUUUGCCUGGCUCAACAAGAUGUUCCUUGAUGGCUACCAGGGUAUCUUGACAAUAGACGACCUAUAUCCUCUUGACAGCGCUCUCAAUGGGGAGACGACACAUGGAAACUUCUCUACAUAUCUGGACUACUCCAAGAUGAAGGAUGAAAAGUAUGGUCUCGCCAAGGUCCUGCUACGCAUACUUAAAGGUCCAUUUCUCCUCCCUGUGAUCCCACGCCUAGCGCUUCUUGCGUUCACCUUCUGUCAGCCAUUGUUCAUCGAGAGUCUUCUGGACCAUCUCUCGCAAUCUGAGCUGGACGCAAAUGUUGGCUAUGGUUUUAUUGGGGCCAGUGUACUUAUCUACUCGGGUAUUGCCAUCUCGACGGCACUCUACUGGUACGCUGGGUACUCUUAUCAUCGAAUGCGCGUCAUGGUGAGGUCCAUACUGGUCACAGAAAUAUAUCUCAGGACCACACAGGCUCGUCUCGGCUCCUCCAAGGACAGCGCAGCAGUAACACUGAUGAGUACUGACAUGGAACGCAUUGAUCUUGGUUUCAGAUCUUUGCACGAGACUUGGGCCUGUAUGAUCCAGGCCGCUCUCGCCAGUUGGUUAUUGUAUAAACAGAUAGGCGUCCUCUUUGUCGCCCCAAUAGGUGUCGUACUUGCCUCCUUCGCCGUACUCAUGGUCUCCAUGAAGUUCGCCGGUGACUCUCAACGAUCCUGGAUGGCUGGAGUCCAAAAGCGUGUUGGCUUGACAGCAACAGUUAUUGGCAGCAUGAAAACUCUGAAGCUAUCAGGGCUUGCUGGCGCUGUGAGCGAUUUUAUUCAGGCAUUACGCGUCGAGGAACUCGCUGCAGGCUCCCGUUUCCGCAAAUUAUCCAUCGUCGCGGCAGUUCUUGGCUUCUUACCGCUCUUGAUCAGCCCCCCCUUGACCUUUGCGUUCACACAAAGAACACUGAACGUAUCGAGGAUCUUCACCAGUCUCUCAUAUCUGACGCUCCUGACUUCCCCGUUGGCCAUGAUUUUCCAGGCAGUCCCUCAACUUCUGUCCGGUUUGGCCUGCUUAGGCCGAGUUCAGGCUUAUCUGGAGUGCGAAACACGCGUGGACUUCCGUCGCAUGAAUGUUAGACAAUUUCAGAGCCCCGAGAAGACAGCCAAUAAUCCCGAGGCCGCUUUCGACUUGCAAUCUGAUUCACAAUGGGCCAUCGUAGUCAGAGACGCAGCAUUCGGCUGGGAAGUAGACAAGAACAUUUUACAGCACGUAAGUGUGAACAUCAUGAAGUCAACUCUCACGAUCGUGGUUGGGGCCGUUGGUACAGGAAAAUCCACAUUCUGUAAAGCACUACUCGGCGAGAUUCCAUAUUUCGCUGGCGAUAUCACGCUAAACACUCAUACCUCACACUUCGGAGUAUGCGAGCAGACUGCGUUCCUCUCUAACGGCUCAGUCCGGGAGAAUAUCAUCGGCUUUUCUCCUUACGACCAUCAGCGAUACGAAGAGGUCAUUCAUGCCACUGUGCUAGCUUUCGACAUAGACACACUCCCACAGGGCGAUGCGACAAACAUUGGCUCGGACGGCAUAACACUAUCGGGAGGUCAGAGACAACGCGUUUCUCUCGCCCGAGCACUGUAUCUCCACACAGAUCUACUUGUACUUGACGACGUGUUCAGUGGACUAGACGCGGGCACCCAGGAAAAGGUCUUUGACCGAGUCUUUGGACCCUGCGGCCUUGUCCGUCGAAGGAGUACAACUGUCGUACUCUGUACGCACAGCAUCAAUCAUUUACCAGUGGCAGAUCAUAUCAUAGCCUUAGGAGAUGGCACUGUUGUGGAGCAAGGUGAUUUCAGGAAACUCAUGACCAACAAUGGUUAUGUCCAACGACUGCGCUUAUGGGAUGCUCCAAAGCAUCAAAUUUCAGCUGCAACAUUUUCGACUGAACAAACGACGCGAUCAAAGCCAUCUCCUCUUUCUGAGCCGAAUCUAAAAUUGGUAUCUUCGACGCCCAAGAAUGAUGCUUUACGACAAAGCGGCGAUAAAACUGUGUACAAACACUACCUCAAAAGUAUGGGAUGGAUUUUGGCAUCGCUUGGAGUAUUAUCUUCAGCUCUUUGGGGCUUCUUCACAAAUUUUCCAACAAUUUGGCUCACGUACUGGGCGAACGACGUUUACAAAACUGAACCUGACCACACUUGGGCAUUCUAUGCUGGCUUGUAUGCAUUCUUCCAAGUCUGCGGACUGCUCUCGCUCCUUACGCUCGGUCUCGUCAUUAUCAUUGCCUCCGUGCAACGGGUAGGGGCAAGUAUGCAUAAAGAUGCUCUGCAGACACUGGUCAGAGCACCAUUGAGUUUCUUCACUAGUACAGACACAGGAAUCGUCACGAAUUUCUUCUCGCAGGAUCUGAAUUUGAUCGACACAGAGUUGCCGAGUGCAUUACUGAAUUUUCUCUUUGCUACUUUUUCGGCGAUCGCUCAAGCAGCGAUCAUGCCCACCUCAUCUCCAUACAUGGCCAUCAGCUAUCCAUUCCUUGCUACACUGCUAUACGUUGUGCAAAGAUUCUACCUGAGAACUGCCAGGCAACUACGCUUGCUUGAUCUAGAGGCCAAGAGCCCUCUUUAUACACAUUUUCUCGACACCGCAAAGGGGAUAACCACAAUAAGGGCAUUCGGCUUCCUCACUGAGGAAACCAACAAAAAUUCGCGUCUGGUCAACGACAGUCUUCGUCCUGCCUAUCUUCUUGUCAUGGUUCAACAAUGGCUUACUUUGGUGCUCGAUGUUGUCGUCAUGAUCUUGGCUGCAGUACUGACUACCCUCGCUGUCCGACUUCACUCAAAUUCUGGAUUCACCGGUGCAGCUCUUGUCACCCUCAUGAGCUUUGGAGACAGUAUGUCAAGUAUUGUCAUCUUCUACACGAAACUGGAAACAUCAAUCGGAGCCAUCUCUCGACUCAAAGUGUUCAGCGAAACUGUACAGCCCGAAGAUAAGCUUGACGAGGAUGUCGAUCCUCCUGUUCAAUGGCCACAAUCUGGGCGGAUAUCUCUGAAUGAUGUGUCUGCUAGCUAUGCUGGUACCGACGACUUGAGCGAAGGCAACUACACCUUAGCUUUGCAAAACAUUACGCUCAAUAUCAGUCCAGGAGAAAAGGUCGCCAUCUGCGGUCGUACUGGUAGCGGAAAGUCUAGCUUGAUGGCACUCUUUCUCAAGCUCCUCGAUGCCACUUCCAGCACUUCGGCCAAUAUCAUCAUCGAUGACAUCCCACUAUACAGAAUCAAAAGGCCAUCGCUACGUCAACGCAUACUGGCCGUACCACAAGAAGCUGUAUUCCUUCCCGAUGGCACGACUUUCAUGGCAAAUCUGGACCCUCUAAAUGUUGCCACUAUUGGAGAUUGCCAGUCUGUACUCGAAUCAGUUGGCUUGUGGAACUACGUUCUCGAGAAGGGCGGUCUGACCGCACCUCUGUCUGCAGGCACCCUAAGCGCUGGCCAACGCCAACUCCUCUCCCUCGCCCGAGUCCUCAUCCGUAAGCGAGAUCGCACAGUUCAGGGUGCCGAGGGCGGUAUCUUACUUCUCGAUGAGGUCAGCUCGAGUGUUGAUCACACAACUGAGAGACUCAUGCAAGAGAUCAUCGACGCUCAGUUUACGAAGUAUACUGUUGUCGCUGUGAGUCAUAGGCUGGAUAUGAUUAUGGACUUUGACAGGGUUGUUGUUAUGGACAAGGGAGAGAUUGUUGAAAUUGGACAGCCGCGAACAUUGGCAGAGCAGGAGAGUAGCAGAUUCGGCGAGUUGGUGAGGGCGAGUGCGUAG